AUGGAAGAACAUAAGUUGAAAGGACAUGUUGGAGUUUCUCACGUCCUAAAUUCCUUAAGAGAAAGAUUUUGGAUAUUAGCUGGAAGAAGAGUUGUGUCAUCCGUUUUGAAAACUUGUAUAACCUGUAAGCGUUAUUCAAACAAAAAUGUUAACCCACCAGCGCCACCACUUCCUAGAGAUCGGGUACAGGAUGCCUCAGUAUUUCAAAUAACUGGCAUAGAUUAUGCUGGACCUAUAUUUCUAAGAGACUACAAGAAGGCAUGGAUUUGCCUAUUCACUUGCGCAGUGUACCGUUGUGUUCAUUUGGAACUGGUUACAUCCUUAACGACAGAUACAUUUCUACAAGCGUUUCAUCGUUUUUCUGCUAGACGUGGGAAGCCAUCCAUAAUUUAUACUGAUAACGGAACAAAUUUUGUUGGAGCAUGCAAUGCACUUGCUUCAAUCGAUUUCAAUGAAAUUGGAAAAAAAGGAGCUAAUGAACGUAUUAUUUGGAAGUUCAUUUCCCCAGGCGCUCCAUGGUGGGGUGGCUGGUGGGAACGCCUCAUAGGAAUGAUGAAAGAAUAUUAA